AUGUCGUACGCUGCUCGCAAUUCCACCGCCCCCAACCCACGCCCGCUGCUUGAACCCUCUGGGAACCACUCAGGAGACCUACUCCAAGGUCCCAAUGAGUCCCAUGGUUCCUGGAACUAUCUGCCUCGACUUUGCGGUUGCCGCCGACCGCCGCGCCGCCUGACGAUGCCGACGUGGCAGCCCACUCGUCCACUGGUGGCGAUUGGCCUCCGCCUGGUCCUCAGCGCCUUCGUACUCGGGCCAGCGAGCCUACAUGUCUACCUGGACCGGUGGCUCCGUCGCGCACCACGCCGCUGCCGCCGUCGAUGCCGCCAACGCCGUCCCUCGAGCGGUGCUAACCGCAAUCCACUGGACUACAAUAAGGUCAUUCGUGGGUUCACUGCUGCUGCUAAGCAGCACACCAAGGCUGCAUUUGUCCCGACCCCAGCCGACGCCAUCGAAGCGAUCCUUUUUGAGCUGACAGAUCGCGUGGACAUUCUUGCAAAGAUCAACCUGGCUAGGCCCUACACCCCAAAGGUGGCCAUGGCUCGUUUCACGGUUGAUACUGGUGACGCGCUUGCUAACCAGUCGCACGAGGCAAUUAUGUCCUCGCUGUUUGCUAGUACGCAAACUGACACGGUGAAGUCGCUACUGUCUGAGUUCGUCCAAGUCACUCGACUCGGACGUGGUGGAAUUAUGGUUUCAGUGACAUCUUCCAAUGCCCUCAAAGCACUUGGAGGACAGUACCUGUCCAUUAUGGGCAAAAAAUACAUCAUCCCUGUGCACGAGGAGCAGCCAUUGGACUCUCUUUGUUUCAUGGACAAUACUGGAAUCCGUGACAACUUUGACGCAACGCAAUUCUACCGCAAGCUGACCCAGCUCGGCGUGGAUGUGGUCUACCACAGCGUUUGUGCGGUCCUUCCUGGAACUGGAUGCCACACGAACACAUGGCGUGUCUACUUCACGGAUGCGGCGAUCCCUGCCCAACUGCAGAUAAACGGAGAACCCAUCAACCAAAUUAAGUACCAGAGGUUCUAUUACCGCGUGUACUUCAAAGGCACUAAGGGGACCGCGUUCCGCAGUGUUAACGGAGGGUCAACGCAUUGUGUCGACAUCGAGGCAAAGCGGUAA